UUUUUUUUUUUUUUUCCUGUUUCUUUUUCCUUUUCCUUUUUUUUUCUUUUUUUUUUUAAAGAAAAAAAAAUUUUUUUUGAGAGAGGGGAAUUUCGUCCCAAAUAAAAGGAAUGAAGUCUGGCUCCGGAGGAGGGUCCCCGACCUCGCUGUGGGGGCUCGUGUUUCUCUCCGCCGCGCUGUCGCUCUGGCCGACGAGUGGAGAAAUCUGUGGGCCAGGCAUCGACAUCCGCAAUGACUAUCAGCAGCUGAAGCGCCUGGAGAACUGUACAGUGAUCGAGGGCUACCUCCACAUCCUACUCAUCUCCAAGGCAGAGGACUACCGCAGCUACCGCUUCCCCAAGCUCACGGUCAUCACCGAGUACCUGCUGCUGUUCCGUGUGGCCGGCCUUGAGAGCCUCGGGGAUCUCUUCCCCAACCUCACAGUCAUCCGCGGCUGGAAGCUCUUCUACAACUACGCCCUGGUCAUCUUUGAGAUGACCAACCUCAAGGAUAUUGGGCUUUACAAUCUGAGGAACAUUACUCGGGGGGCCAUCAGGAUUGAGAAGAAUGCUGACCUCUGUUACCUCUCCACAGUGGACUGGUCCCUGAUCCUGGAUGCAGUGUCCAACAACUACAUCGUGGGGAACAAACCCCCUAAGGAAUGUGGGGACCUGUGUCCAGGGACAAUGGAGGAGAAGCCCUUGUGUGAGAAGACUACCAUCAACAAUGAAUACAACUAUCGCUGCUGGACUACAAAUCGCUGCCAGAAAAUGUGCCCGAGCGCUUGCGGGAAGCGGGCGUGCACGGAGAACAACGAGUGUUGUCACCCCGAGUGUCUGGGCAGCUGCAGCGCGCCGGACAACGAUACGGCCUGUGUGGCCUGCAGGCAUUACUACUACGCAGGCGUCUGCGUGCCCACCUGCCCGCCCAACACCUACCGCUUUGAGGGCUGGCGCUGCGUGGACCGCGACUUCUGCGCCAACAUCCCCAGCGCCGAGAGCAGCGACUCCGAGGGGUUCGUGAUCCAUGACGGCGAGUGCAUGCAGGAGUGCCCCUCUGGGUUCAUCCGCAAUGGCAGUCAGAGCAUGUACUGCAUCCCUUGUGAAGGUCCUUGUCCCAAGGUCUGUGAGGAAGAAAAGAAAACAAAGACCAUUGAUUCUGUUACCUCUGCUCAAAUGCUCCAAGGAUGUACCAUCUUCAAGGGCAAUUUGCUCAUUAAUAUCCGCCGAGGCAAUAACAUUGCCUCAGAGCUGGAGAACUUCAUGGGGCUCAUCGAGGUGGUGACAGGCUACGUGAAGAUCCGCCAUUCCCAUGCCUUGGUCUCCCUGUCCUUCCUAAAAAACCUUCGCCAGAUCUUAGGAGAGGAACAGCUGGAGGGUUUGUCAGUAAGAGCUGAAAGUGUGGGGGAAAUAUCCCUUCCUAUCCCCAUCAUCUGGACUCCCAGCCCUCAACCCCCUUUGCCCCCAGCCUGGGAGAAGCCAAAUAAGAACUACUCCUUCUACGUCCUCGACAACCAGAACUUGCAGCAGCUUUGGGAUUGGGACCACCGUAACCUGACCAUCAAAGCUGGGAAAAUGUAUUUUGCUUUCAAUCCCAAAUUGUGCGUCUCCGAAAUUUACCGCAUGGAAGAAGUGACGGGGACCAAAGGACGCCAGAGCAAAGGAGACAUAAAUACCAGAAACAAUGGAGAGCGAGCCUCCUGUGAAAGCGACGUCCUGCACUUCACCUCUACGACCACAUGGAAGAAUCGCAUCAUCAUCACGUGGCACCGUUACCGGCCCCCUGACUACAGGGACCUCAUCAGCUUUACUGUCUACUACAAGGAAGCACCUUUUAAAAACGUUACGGAGUAUGAUGGGCAGGAUGCCUGUGGCUCCAACAGCUGGAAUAUGGUAGAUGUGGACCUCCCUCCCAACAAGGACGUUGAGCCUGGCAUUUUACUGCACGGACUGAAGCCCUGGACGCAGUAUGCGGUUUAUGUCAAGGCGGUGACCCUCACCAUGGUGGAGAAUGACCACAUCCGUGGGGCUAAGAGUGAAAUCUUGUACAUUCGCACCAAUGCUUCAGUUCCUUCCAUUCCCCUGGAUGUUCUUUCUGCAUCAAACUCCUCUUCUCAGCUCAUUGUGAAGUGGAACCCACCCUCUCUGCCCAACGGUAACCUCAGUUACUACAUCGUGAGGUGGCAGCGGCAGCCCCAGGACAGUUACCUUUACCGCCACAACUACUGCUCCAAAGAUAAAAUCCCCAUCAGGAAGUAUGCUGAUGGCACUAUCGAUGUCGAAGAGGUGACAGAGAAUCCCAAGACCGAAGUAUGUGGUGGAGAGAAGGGGCCUUGCUGUGCCUGCCCCAAAACUGAGGCCGAGAAGCAGGCUGAGAAGGAGGAGGCCGAGUACCGCAAAGUGUUCGAGAAUUUCCUGCACAACUCCAUCUUCGUGCCCAGACCUGAAAGGAAGCGUAGAGAUGUUACACAAGUCACCAACACCACCAUGUCCAGCCGAAGCAGGAACACCACGGUGGUGGACACCUAUAAUAUCACAGACCCAGAAGAGCUCGAGACAGAAUACCCUUUCUUUGAGAGCAGAGUGGAUAACAAGGAGAGAACUGUAAUCUCUAACCUCCGGCCUUUUACCCUGUACCGCAUUGACAUCCACAGCUGUAAUCAUGAGGCUGAGAAGCUGGGCUGCAGUGCCUCCAACUUUGUUUUUGCAAGAACCAUGCCUGCAGAAGGAGCAGAUGACAUUCCUGGGCCAGUGACCUGGGAGUCAAGGCCUGAAAACUCCAUCUUUUUAAAGUGGCCAGAACCUGAGAAUCCCAAUGGAUUGAUUCUAAUGUAUGAAAUAAAAUAUGGAUCCCAAAUCGAGGAUCAGCGGGAAUGUGUAUCCAGACAGGAGUACAGGAAGUAUGGAGGUGCCAAGCUUAACCGGCUCAACCCGGGGAACUAUACAGCCCGGAUCCAGGCCACUUCUCUCUCUGGGAAUGGGUCGUGGACGGAUCCUGUGUUCUUCUAUGUCCCAGCCAAAAUAACGUAUGAAAACUUCAUCCAUCUGAUCAUUGCUCUGCCCGUUGCUGUGCUAUUGAUAGUGGGAGGGUUGGUUAUAAUGCUGUACGUCUUCCACAGGAGAAGAAAUAACAGCAGGCUGGGGAAUGGAGUGCUGUAUGCUUCCGUGAACCCAGAAUACUUCAGUGCUGCCGAUGUGUAUGUACCUGAUGAGUGGGAGGUUGCUCGAGAGAAGAUCACCAUGAGCCGAGAGCUGGGCCAGGGCUCGUUUGGGAUGGUAUAUGAAGGAGUUGCCAAGGGUGUGGUUAAAGAUGAGCCUGAAACAAGGGUGGCCAUUAAAACAGUGAACGAGGCCGCCAGCAUGCGUGAAAGGAUCGAAUUUCUCAAUGAGGCUUCAGUGAUGAAGGAGUUCAAUUGUCACCAUGUGGUGCGGUUGCUGGGUGUGGUGUCCCAGGGCCAGCCGACGCUGGUCAUCAUGGAACUGAUGACACGAGGGGAUCUCAAAAGUUAUCUCAGGUCUCUGAGGCCAGAAAUAGAGAAUAAUCCAGUCCUCGCACCUCCAAGCCUAAGCAAGAUGAUCCAGAUGGCUGGGGAGAUUGCUGAUGGCAUGGCAUACCUCAAUGCCAACAAGUUUGUCCACAGAGACCUUGCUGCCAGGAACUGCAUGGUGGCCGAAGAUUUCACAGUCAAAAUUGGAGAUUUCGGUAUGACAAGAGACAUCUAUGAGACAGACUAUUACCGGAAAGGAGGCAAGGGGCUGCUGCCUGUGCGCUGGAUGUCACCUGAGUCUCUCAAGGAUGGAGUCUUCACCACUCACUCUGACGUCUGGUCCUUUGGGGUCGUUCUCUGGGAGAUCGCCACGCUGGCUGAGCAGCCAUACCAGGGCUUGUCCAACGAGCAAGUCCUUCGCUUCGUUAUGGAGGGCGGCCUUCUGGACAAGCCGGACAACUGCCCCGACAUGCUGUUUGAGCUGAUGCGCAUGUGCUGGCAGUACAACCCCAAGAUGAGGCCUUCCUUCCUGGAGAUCAUCAGCAGCAUCAAGGACGAGAUGGAGCCCGGCUUCCGGGAGGUCUCCUUCUACUACAGCGAGGAGAACAAGCCGCCCGAGCCGGAGGAGCUGGACCUGGAGCCGGAGAACAUGGAGAGUGUCCCCCUGGACCCGUCGGCCUCCUCGUCGUCCCUGCCUCUGCCUGACAGACUCUCAGGACACAAGGCCGAGAACGGCCCAGGCCCUGGCGUGCUGGUCCUGCGAGCCAGCUUCGAUGAGAGACAGCCUUACGCGCACAUGAACGGGGGCCGCAAGAACGAGCGGGCCUUGCCUCUGCCCCAGUCUUCGACCUGCUGAUCCCUGGAGCCCGAAUCCCGUGCAGACAGUAACGUGUGUGCACGCGGGGCGGCGGGUGGGGGGGAGUUCUAACAAUCUAGCCACAGCCUCCUGUACCUCAGUGGAUCUUCAGAACUGCCAAUGCUGCCCGCGGGAGACGGCUUCUCUGCAGUAAACACGUUUGGGAUGUUCCUUUUUUCAAUAUGCAAGCAGCUUUUUAUUUCCCUACCCAAACCCUUAACUGACAUGGGCCUUCAAGAACCUUAACGACAACACUUAAUAGCAACAGAACACUCGAGAAUCGAGUCUCCUCACUCCCCGUCUCUUCUCAGACCUGUCUCCCUCCCUCCCUCUCACAUUUCUCUUUCUCUCUCACCUUUCUCUUUCUUUAUGCUUCAAAAUGGAAAAACCUUUGCCGCAAGUCCAUCUGGGACGCCCUUUUGAUCAGAGUAAGGAACUAACUGGCUGUCCCUCCCCGCGGCCCCACGUCACCCUGGACACACCUGCCUGUCACCGUAGGUCUUUAUAAACAUACACACACAUGAACACAUUGAGACGGAUUUUUUUUAACUGUAUCUCUCACCUUUUUAGGAACAUACAAAAUUGAAAAAGGGUCAUCGUUCAUUCAAGGUUGUUACCAUUUUAAUGCUGCCAAAUUCUGCCAAAUCCUUGACUUCCUCCCUCCCAGCCCCGCACCAAUUCCCUUGUUCCCAGAGGCAUGGGGCCAGCAUGGCAUCUAGUCUGCCUGCUGAGGCUGCAGUCCAUCCGAUCACCCCUGGUGUUCCUCUCCAGUCUUACAUUCACGCAGGUCUAGUUGCUCCUGACUAGGUUAAUAUUGGGGAGAAGUGGGCAGAUGGGGAGCUUCUCUCCAUGAAGCCUAGGAGAGGCCGAAGCCUCCUACCCCGCACCCGCCCGCCAGCCCCCAGCAAUUCUGGAGGAAACAGGCCCUGUGGAGAGUCUGGCAGACAGGCUUGAAGGGGAGGUCACGCACGUGCCAGUCUCCUGUCCCCCACCCCUCAACCCCAGCCCCCACUCCCGGCCCCCCAGGAUGCAGACGGGAAGGAGUUUCCAGGGACUCAGCCCAACUGUUGGUGCAGGUUUGCAAGGAAAGAAAUUCAAACACCACCACAACAGUAAGAAGAAAAGCAGUAAACAGAUUCAAGCAUUCUAAGCUUUGUUGACAUUCUCUCUGUUACUAGGACUUCUUCAUGGGUCUUACAGUUCUAUGUUAGACCAUGAAACAUUUGCAUACACAUCGUCUUUAAUGUCACUUUUAUAACUUUUUUACGGUUCAGAUAUUCAUCUAUACGUCUGUACAGAAAAAAAAAAGCUGCUAUUUUUUUUUGUCCUUUAUCUUUGUGGAUUUAAUCUAUGAAAACCUUCAGGUCUACCCUUCUUCCCUUUCUGCUCACUCCAAGAAACUUCUUAUGCUUUGUACUAGCGUGCGUGACUUUCUUCCUCUCUUCCCAGUAACCAAUACUUCUAUAACAUAAUUUGCCAUGAACUGUUUGAUGCCUUUUUAUAAACACUCCCUCCCCUCCCCGCUCCCUCUACCCGUUAGCUCCGUUCUAACCCAUAGGCUCUGUGGGCACGAGGCUGGCGCAGGAAGCAGGCUGGGGGUGGUGGGCGCCCCCCCAGUGGGAAGGCCCCCCCCACUCCUCAGCCUGCUCCCACACAGCGCUGGAGUCUGUUACAGUGCAAGACAUGAUACAAACUCAGGUCAGAAAAAAAAAAGGUUAAAUAUUUCGCACAUCCUUGUUCAGUGUUUCAAGUCACCGUUGUUGGAAAGUCUCACCUUCUCUUGCCCUCACCUUUGUUUCGGUUGUGACACACAUAUAUCUAUUUUUUUAAUUCUUGGGUACAACAGCAGUUUUAGCUGCAGACACUAGGCAUCUGGAUUACUAGUUUUUGGGGUUUGGGGUUGUUUUUUUUUUUUCAUUUUUUUAAAAUGGAUAUUUAAUCCUUCCCAUCCCACGAAAAAGAGCUGCUGAGUCCAAGGGUGCAGUGGAGCAGGGCUUCCGCCACCACCCUCCUGACCAACCUACCUGUCUUUAGAACCAGAAAAUCCCCAGGCACCUCCUUGGCACUGCAGGGGGCGCAGGGUGUGCAGGGGCAGCCGCCUCCUCCAGGCUGUCAACCAGCCUCCCACUGCCCCCCAUGUCCGUGGCCAGAGGGCUGGGUCGGGGUGAGCGCAGAGCCGCAGUGGCUGGGGAGCCCCUCUGCUCGCUCCCAGGGGACCAGGGCCCCAGCCUGGCCUGCUUUUCCUUGGCCAGGAAUCCAAGUCUUCGGGGGCCUGGGGGUCUUGUUUUGUUUAGUUUUUAGCACUUCUCACCAGAGUGAUGACAGCGCACAAGUUGCUUCUGGGAUGGAAAUGUUUAAAUUAUGAGUAAGAACAAAGCUAAAAUAUGAGGAUUACUAGUUGUGACUGGAGAUUAAACACGAGAAAGCAAGUGCAUAGUGCGUUUCUGCUUGUCUGGAGCUUCAGUCCUACAAUAUUCUCUAGCCUCUGUUCCAUAGUUUUUUCCCUUAAAAAAAAAAUGAGAAAAAAGAAAAAAGUUAAUUAAGAAGGUAUUAUAUGUAGGAGUUUUCUUUUAAUUUAUUUUGUGAUAUCAGUUUCAAUCACUGUAAAGAAGCCCCAUUAUGAAUUUAAAUACUGAGAAAAGGGUUUUGUGUGUAUGUGUGUAAGACAGGACAGUUUUUGGGUUUUUUGGGUUUUGUUUUUGGGUUUUUGUUUUGUUUUUCAAACAUUUAUCUACCUCACUCUUAUUUUUUAUAUGUGUAUAUAUACAAAAGAAUACAUCUCACAUUUCUCAGCACCUGACAAUAUGCCGUUGAUACUGGUAACCUCAUCUACACCACAGGCCACACACACCAGGCGAGGCAGGGAGAGGCCAGGCUGUAUUCCUGGGUCGAAGCAACACUAAUACACCUCUCCACUUAUGUCAGACAGCUUGCCUUUUUCUGGGAUAUCUCGUUUUGUGUUGCUUUUGUUCUUCUCCUAACUUGGUUUCCUAAGAGGUUGUGAGGUGUUAGGAUUUCCUUCCUCUCGGCCUGGUGUGUUGGGGGUGGGGGGGCGGGGCGGGCUGCACUCUGCUGUCUGCUGGGAGGUGAGCAGAGGGCCAGAGCAUGCAGUGGGGGAGGGGUGCUGCUGCUUGGCAGUCCCAGGCCGGCUGUCUUUAAACCAGCCUCUGUGCAGAUUGAAUGACAAACAGAUUCUGUCAUUGGAAGAGCACUCACUUCCUUGGUUUUGAGCACUGGAAGUACUGAGGGGGGCAGGCAGGCAGUUUCUGGGUUAGGAUCAUACCUGGCAAGGUGCCACGGUGGCGUGGCCCAGGCCUGCUCCAGGUGGGGACAGGAUGUCAUUGCGCUGGGUCCAUCUUAUGGUGCAGCCACGUCAGUACUCUUGAGAGCUCAGUCCGCCAGGCCUCCUGCUGGAGAAUGCAGAGGUUCCUGAUCUGCUAGCCAGUCCCAUUCAGGAUGUACAGAGAAGACAAGUCCCCCUCUCUCCAGAUUGUUCAUCCACUUCACCCUCACCUCCUCCUCCCCCAGGGGAAAACAGAGACCAAACCUCCAGGCUGGAUAGGGGGGGCCGGUGGUCGGCGCCCAGCCUCCUGCUGGGGUGGUGUGCGACCCGCCGGAGCUGUGCCUUCAUCCCGUCCUCCUGCUGCUCACAGGGGUGGACGGCACAUGUCCCAAUUCCAGCAGCUGCUCUCACAGGCACUGGUGACUCUAUCUGGGAAACAUGGUGGGGGUUUUCCCAAAGUGUGGAUGGCUCCUUUCAGUUCCAGUACUGCAGUGAAGCUCAGGAGCACUCUUCCUCCUGCGAGAACACUAUGCUCUCUUCCCAAGGCCCCUGGCAUCUUAAGGUCACUGAGAAAUACUGUUGGAUCAGGGUUUUCUUCUUCCACACUGUAGAUGACCCCUUGGAAUAGUGGCCGCUCCUCUUUUGCACAUACCUACCGGUUUCCACAACUGGAUUUCUACAGAUCAUUCAGCUGGUUAUAAGGGUUUUGUUUAAACUGUCCGAGUUGUUGGUGUCCUCUUGUUUUUGUCUUCUGUAGGUGGUUUUUCUUUAAGUAGAAAGAAAACAUUAAUAGUGUAGUGCCCAUCAUAACCAAUGCUUCAGAAACACUUAAAUAAAAAAAAAUUUUUUUGCUUGUGUGAUGGUGCAGUCAUUUUACUGGACCAAACCACCCACCUUGACUAUCCCAAGGCAUCAUCUAUCCACAGUUCUAGCCUAAUUUUAUGCUGAUUUUCCAAUCUCUUCUUGAUUUUUCUCUUUUGUACGCUCCAAAUAAUCUAAUCAAGCUGAGUUGUGGCAUUUUUCCAUGCAACCUUCUUCUGACAGCGGCUCACACUGCUUGAAGUGACGUGAACCACUGAGGCACAUCAUUGAAUUGAUGUGAGCGUUAAAACAUUAGCACACACGGCCCUUCCCUGAGGCAGCAGGAGCUGGUGUAUUCUGGAGACACUGUCGAACUUCAGCUGUGUGACACCCAGACUACCCCAGCUCUCUCUUUAUGGGAUGUCAUGACAUUUGACACACAAUUGGGAUGUGCUUCCUCCUUGGAAGAUAGAAGACCGUGUUCUUGGACAACACUGGCCUCUCCUUCCAGCAUGUUUCUUGUGACUUGGGACAACAUUUCAAUGGUAGGAAAAGUGGCUUGGUAAAAUUGGGGAAAAAAAAAAAAAAAGUGGCUAUUGUGGAACUACCCAACGGCAAAAUGCUUAGCAGUUGCGGCGUGCUGUGGUUGGGAUAACAGAUUUACAAGCCAAAUAUGAUGCCAAACUCUAGGCCGGCUUGUUCCACCAAAGCCCCUUUCUCAGCAGCUCACCUCCAUUGGCAGGUGGCUGCACAUAUGAUGCAGGCUGCUGUUGCAUCCUGUUGCUGGAAAGAUCACACUAGCUCAGAUCGGUGAGGAGUCUAGGAUGCUUGGUCCCAGGUCCUCAGCUGUUACUGCUGGGUCUUCCUUGGGGGGGCUGGUGUCAAAGGCAACUCCUUUCCAAAACAUAGGCCCCCCCUCCUGUUGACAGUAAAGCUCCACAGUAUGCCUUGGCCCAUUCCAGCAGUCCCACUAAUGUAUUUAAGGUCUGGGGUUUGUUCUUUUGUUACUGUUACUUUUGUGUUUGUUGGCUGUUUUUUUGUUUUUUGUUUUUUAAAUUUCCUGGGCUAAGCAGCAUUGGGAGAUACGGACCAGAUCCACUCUCUAAGCACCGGUUAUGAAAGUCAACCUUUCUUAUUCCCCUCUGACUAGUCGGUGGUACAAAUGAGAAUUUCAAGAGAGGAUGUUGUUUAGAUUGAACCUCUGUUGCCAGAGAUGCUGAAGAUACAGACCUUAGGCCUCCAGCUUACAUGACUCGUUCACUUCAAGAAAAAGCAGACUGAACACUCUUUGACAGUGGGAUGAUGAGGCAGUAGGAAACCACUGUUAACAGGGUCAUGACAUGACAUGAAGCCAAGAAUGGCAAGCAGAAGGGUAUGGGGUUGGGAAGAAGUGUGGGCCAUGUUUUGAACUUGAUGGUUUCUGAAGGUAUCAGACCACAUCAAGUCUCAACAGUCAUCCAUGGGCAUUUGGUUUCAACAAAGAAACUGACAUCCUCCUUUGGAAACUGUUGUUGCAGAGUUCAGUGAAAUCGUUCAAAGAACUCGAACUGCAUUGCACCCGUCAGUUGUCAGUUCUGAGGCAUGACGUUAGGGUUUUGUUUUAUUUUGUUUAUGCAAGAACAUAAUCACUCAUCUGUAUGUCCACGUUUGUGUGUGUCCACAUCUUUCUGGUAAACAUUGUUCUAAUUAGUCACUCAUUAGCGUUUUCAAUAGGGCUCUUAAGUCCAGUAGAUUACGGGUAGUCAGUUGACGAAGAUCUGGUUUACAAGAACUAAUUAAAUGUUUCAUUGCAUUUUUGUAAGAACAUAGAAUAAUUUUAUAAAAUGUUUGUAGUUUAUAAUUGCUGAAAAUAAUUUAAAGACACUUUUUUUUCUGUGUGUGCAAAUAUGUGUUUGUGAUCCAUUUUUUUAGGACACCUGUUUACUAGCUAGCUUUACAAUAUGCCAAAAAAAAAAAAAAAAAAAAAAAAAAGGAUUUUUCCCUGACCCAGGCCGUGGUUCACCCUCUUUUCCCCCAUGCUUUGUGCCCUAGUUUAUAACAAAGGAAUGAUGAUUUAAGAAGUAGUUCUGUAUCUUCAGUAUCUUGGUCUUCCAGAACCCUCUGGUUGGGAUCAUCUUUGGUCAUUUCCCUUUGGAGUGUAGCUACUUUAACAGAGAGAACCUCAUUGGCCAAGGACACAGCAAAGGUGUUGCAGCUCAGCAGUGCGUUUGGCACUCCUGAGUAUCUGGUUUGGUUGGUUUGGUGGUUCCCAUUGUCGUGCAAUGCCCAGAGAGGGAAGGACUUGAUGGCACAACUAAUGGUUUCACAGUGAUCACAGCAUACAUACAGACUUAUCACAUGAAUGAUGGUAAUUCUGGUGCACACAGGCCGUUUGCUUACAUGCCUCAUAUUGUGAUUAGCGCUUUGUUAUAACAAGGAAGAGACCCUAUUUAUUUUAUUUAAGGCAGAACACUGAAGACACAUUUUUCUAGUCCAAAACAAGUCCUUUUCAAUAAAAACUACACACAUGAAAAUGUGUUUCAGUUGGACUCCAUUUCCUCUAACUCCCAAUGGAUUAUUGGCCAUGUCUACACUUCUCCACAAAAAUCUCUAUCAUUAGAAACAUCUGGAUGCUUUGCACUACAUGGGAGAAAGGUCCAGAAACAUUUUUGUUUUCAACUGUUCAGUCAGAUGUUUGGCGUUGCAUAGACACAUCCACAGGUGGAAUAGAUGCUUGGCAAAAACACCUGUCUGCUUUCUAAGCCAGUGAGGUUGAGGUGAGAGGUUUGCCAGAGUAUGUCUACCUCUGGGACAAAAAAACAAAAAAACAAAAAAAACAAAAAAAACAAAAAUCAAACCAGAAGGCGCAAUGGAAUGGAUGCAUCGCAAAUAAUGCAUUUUCUGAGUUUUCUUGUUUAAAAAACGUUUUUUAAAAAAGUAAAAAAAAAAAAAAAGUAAUAACAUGGCCAAUUUGUUACAUAAAAUGACUUUCUGUGUAUAAAUUAUUCCUAAAAAAAAAAAUUCCUGUUUAUAUAAAAAAAAAUCAGUAGAUGAAAAAAAUUUCAAAAUGUUUUUGUAUAUUCUGUUGUAAGAAUUUAUUCCUGUUACUGCGAUAUACUCUGGAUUCUUUACAUUAUGGGAAAAAAAAAGAAACUUUAUCUAUUUUGAAUGGCUGAAGCUAAGGCAACUUUAGUUUCUCUUACUCUGCUUUUUUCUAGUAGUUAAAGUACUACAUGGUUUAAGUUAAAUAAAAGAAUUCUGUAUGCA